AUGUCCUCCGCCGAGGCGCAUGAUGCCGCGCCGCACUCCACGUUCAAGUUCCCCGCCUUCGAGCCGGACUUGCUUCCCACCCAUGAGGAGGAGCCAUUUGGCCUGACCUCUUCUCGCACCGCCAGCCCCAACCCCGGCGCGCACACGAAUGGCUACGCUCGACCUCCUGAUCGCUGGCAGCCUCGGAAAGAAGCAAGAGUGGGGUUUGCGAGCCACUCCAACCCAGGACCCUCGAACAGACACGGCAGACAGAAGAGUCUGAGCGAGGCUUUCAAGACAAUCAGGACACGGAAAGGCAGCGUCAGCCAGAAUGCGCAUGAAAUUGCCGAUGCGCUAAAGGCGCCUCUCUCCCCGAAGCUUGUCUUGCUCUGCGGUGUCUGGUAUCUGACUUCCAUCUUCACGAAUAUGUCUUCAAAGACCAUCCUCACGGCACUCCCGAAGCCGAUUACUCUCACGACUGUCCAAUUCGCCUUCGUGUCGGGGUGGUGCAUAAUAUUGGCUGCUCUGGCCAAGAAAUACCCGCGCAUGAAGCAAACAAUGCCAUUCCUGAAGUACGGCAUUCGCCGGCCACACAGAGAGAUCAUCGUCACAACUCUGCCCCUGACCGCAUUCAUGAUCGGCGGUCACAUUUUGAGUGCAGAUGCGACAUCAAGAAUACCAGUGUCGUUGGUACAUACCAUCAAAGGACUGUCGCCCCUCAUGACAGUCUUUGCCUAUCGAUUCUUCUUUGGCAUCUCCUACUCGAUACCUACGUACCUGUCGCUGAUCCCACUCACUCUCGGUGUCAUCCUGGCGUGUUCGGCCGACUUCAACGCCAACUUUCUCGGACUUGUCAUGGCCUUUGCGAGCGCUAUCGUCUUUGUCACGCAAAACAUCGUGUCCAAACAGAUCUUUAACGACGCUGCAUCCGCUGAGAAGGAAGGAUUAGCGCCGACCAAGUUCACAAAACCCGACAAGCUCAACUUGCUCUGCUACUCGUCUGGCCUGGCGUUCCUGUUCACCGUCCCUAUCUGGUUGUGGUCUGAAGGGUUUACGCUGAUAGGCGACUUCCUGCACGAUGCUUCAAUCGAGCUGUCUGAGAAACCGGGCGCUUAUGACCAUGGCCGAUUGUUUCUUGAAUUCGUGUUCAACGGAACGUUCCAUUUCGGCCAGAACAUCGUGGCUUUCAUUCUGCUUUCUAUGGUCUCACCAGUCACAUACUCCGUUGCCAGUUUGAUCAAGCGCGUAUUCGUUAUCGUCUUUGCUGUCGUCUGGUUCAAGAAACCCUUGACCAGCACGCAAGGGUUCGGAUUCGUGCUCACUUUUAUUGGCCUGUACCUCUACGAUAGGACGUCGGAUGCAGCCAAGGCGGACAAGCGCGCAAGAGCACUACAAUCGAAGAGCCAAGGCACACUGCUCCCCCUGGUUACAGACGUGAAGUCCAGACCGACCUUCACUGCAAGCCCAGCGACUAUGUCUGCUGGCACGGGCGCGUACCCAGCAGCAAGAGACGACAAGAGAGACGACGACGGAGGCUUCAAGAGGCCUGAAAUGGUUUCAAGCUAUCUCCCGCCAGGCACGAAGCAAGAAGACACGUGGCGGCGGUAGGAUAUCUGAUGUAGACGAAUGACACAAUCCACAACUACGAGUAGACGAUAGACGAAUCAAUGUGUAUAUAUGGCGCGAUCCAGAUCACAACCUGCAAACGAGCCAAAGGUCACAGAUGCUGGGGCUGGGGC